AUGGGCGACGCCGUGUUGCGGGUGCGCAGGCAUCUGCAGAGCCUGGCGCGCGAAAACUGGUCGGCGCUGGAGGAGCAACAUGUACUUAAUGUGUCGUGGCUGCAAGCUGAGCUGAUGCAGAUCUCUCGUUCGCUGGAUAUCAAGGCGCAUUUCGAGUCCAAGCCGUCAGCUCCACUGCCUUAUCCCAGCGCCCCAGAAGCCGCGGAACCGGUCAAGAAGAAGCAGAAGAUCGAGCCGCAGCGGGAAGACGCGGCGCCGCCUGCGGAUGAACCGAAACAGGAGCGAAUGAGUACGAGACUGUCGAUGCGACUGCGUCCGAGGACCCAGAGUGCGGACGUGACUGGGGAACCGAAGAAGACGAGAAGGAGAGGACGUCCGUCUGAGGCUUUACUGCAAGACCCAGGGAAGCUCAAGGUGACGGAGUUGCGGUCGGAACUGAAGAAGAGAGGACUGAGAACUAGUGGACUGAAGGCUGUGCUGUUCGACCGUCUGCUGGACGCGCUGCAAGAAGAGCAGAAGGAGGACGAAAAGCUCUUGAAACAGGUACCAGAGGACCAGGAGGAAGGCGUCAAAGAGCACGAGGUGAUUGUGAUCUAUGACGAUGAAGAGGACGAAAUUGUACGAGAGAGCAUUGGCUCCAACAGGUCACCACGGAGUCAAUCAACGUCGCCGAAACCUUCAGCAGACGAGAAGGAAGAGGUUGGACACAGAGCGGAAGAAAACACCGAAAAAGACAACGAAAUACGUCUCAGAUCACAGCAGGAUACUAGCGAUACAGACGCAGCAACUGGUCGCUCUUCACAGCACGGAAAAACGUCAUCAGCGGCGUUCGACGCUGCAGAUCCAGCGGUUGCGAAGGAUUCUACAGAGGUAAAUGACAACACCUCAAGACACGACGUGGAGCGUGCUAUUGCUAAGAGCGCAGAAGAGUUGAAUACUCAGGAUGCAACAAAAUGGACAAGACAGUCGAUGCAGGUCAGCAGGAAGGCAGAACUUACGAGUCCGUUAACGUGGAAGAGGAAGUCUAUACUACGGAAGGCAUCGUCUCUAGCGCCGAGCUCUCGGAGUGACCGGAAAGUCAGCUUUGCGCCAAGUAACCAGGUGGAUAUCAUUGUGGAGAGCUCUCAGACGGACUCCACCCAGUCAGAUCCCAGUCCAGAGAAGCCCCCAGUGCCAGCGGAAGCAACUGAUGCGCACACUCCACGAGAAGAUGACCAGAAGAAGAGACCUGACUCAUUACCAGAAGCUGCUUCGAAGCCGUCAACUGUCAGCACUCCUGUGGCUCCUACAUCGACUGCCACUACACCUGAGGAUCCUCCUGCUCCUGUUGUACCGACAAAAGAAACAGAUGAGCAGCGGAGAAAACGAGAGUUCGAUGAGAGUGUCCAACGUGAGGCUCAGAAGCUUCGCGCUGCUGCCAAGUUGUCGGCCCAGAAGCGACUCGAAGAAGCUAAAGCAAGCAAAGCGUUCUGGGCGAAGCGCGACCAGUUGAAGGCGAAGUUGCGAGCUUCCUCUGUUGAUGAAAAGCGGAAGAGCGCUCUCACGCCUGUGGCAACUGAGAAAGCGGAAGCUCAGGUCUCUCCGUCGACUUCCACUGUUGCUGAGAGUAUCUCGUCGAGUACAGAAUCCAACCGCUUGACUUCUUCAGCGUCGGAGGAGGAGAAACAAAUUCAACAAACGGUUGAAACGACUCGAGAGGACCCGGAAGAAGAGAAAGAUCACGAUUUCUUCGCGACUCGACAUUAA